UUUUGUUUAUUUUAUCAGUUUAUCUGAAUCUGAUUCAUUUAUUUACAUCUGAUUCUGAUAUCAUAUCAGUGAUAUCUGUUUAUUCAUGCUGUUUUCUGUUUAUCAUGUGUUGAUUUUAUUGGGCUGAAAGCUGAAAUCAUUUUUGAAUAUUGUGAUUAGUUAGAAAUUAGAAUCAACAAUGUCCGGAGGCAGUGUAAAUAUCUGUGAAGUUACCCAAGAAGUGAAACAAGCUCUCAAAGAGUUUAGGUUUAGGAAAACGGAGGAUACAGCAGCCCUAGUGUUGAAAGUAGACAGAGAAAAGCAGCAAAUUAUUCUGGACGAAAAAUUGGAGGCAAUUUUGGUUGAUGACCUUCGUGAAUCCCUACCAGGUCAUCAACCAAGGUAUAUUGUAUUAUCAUACCGUCAAGAACACAAAGAUGGCAGAAUAUCCUACCCAUUAUGUUUUAUUUUCUUCACGCCCAGGGAUAGUCAUGCCGAACUACAGAUGAUGUAUGCCGGUUCUAAACUGGCAUUGCAGCAAGAAGCUGGUCUAACCAGAGGCUUUGAGAUUAGGGAACUAGAAGAUUUAACAGAAGAGUGGUUGUUGAGCAAGUUAGGAAAUUGAAAAAGGUGGGCUCAUUUCAGACAACUAAUGCUUUAUUAAUGUUUUUGUCAUCAACAUAUAAAAUUGAACCAAAAAAAGUUCUAUAGAGUUGAUUGAGAACAAAAGCCCAAGUAUGAUACUUCAAUCCACAAUACUACACUGGCCAGCAAAAUCAACGCAGUACUUCAAAUUUACUGUAGGUUUUGUUUCACCCACACGUUCGUAAAUACAUAGAAGAUCUAACGUUUAAUGCUUUUCAGAGUUAGGAAACACAUGUCAUGCCUUGAAAUAUCUGAAAAAGUAAUGGAAACGCCAUGGAAACACAAAUGCAUUUAAUAAGAGAUAGAGUGGCAGCAACCUCAAAAUGGCUGCCAUUUCCGCAAUGUUAUUCGUG